CUUGGUGUCAACGUUUUCCUGGUCAGUGAUUUUCGCUGUGAUUCUAUUAGAAAAGGCAUCUUUGGUUUCAUAUAAAGAGCAUAAGAUGCAGUCGGAGGAUGCACGCUAUCUGAAACGGAAAGUGAAGGGUGGUAGCCUGGACGUGCACCCUACAGAGAAAGCCCUGGUUGUUCAGUAUGAGGUGGAGGCGACCAUCCUUGGAGAGACCGGAGACGAGAUGCUGGGAGACCGCAAGAAGUGUCAGAAGAUUAUUCGUCUGAAGAGCCUGAAUACGAACACAGACAUUGCAGCGCUGGCCCGUAAGGUGGUUGAGGAGUGUAAACUCAUCCAUCCCUCCAAGCUGUCGGAGGUGGAGCAGCUGAUCUUCUAUCUACAGAACCGCAAGAAGGCCAGCGGGAAAGCAGAGAAGAGAGUGGUCAAACCAAGAGACCUAACUCCAUUUGAAGGAAUGGAGAUAGAUGAGGAGGCUAACAUCAACAUGGUGGAAGAGUAUGUAGAGCUGCUGUAUGAAGGUAUGGAGGAGAAGGUGAAAGGGGCUACACUCAUCCUACACCUGGCCAGGAACCCUGACAACCUGGACGAACUACUACAGAAUGAAACGGCUCUCGGAGCCCUGGCCAGAGUGCUGCGGGAGGACUGGAAGCAGAGUGUUGAGCUUGCCACCACCAUCAUCUAUGUUUUCUUCUGCUUCUCCAGUUUCUCCCAGUUCCAUGGGCUGGUGACCCACUAUAAAAUCGGAGCUCUGUGUAUGAAUGUCAUCGAACACGAACUGAAGAGAUACGACCUCUGGCAGGACGAACUGCAGAAGAAGACCAAGACAUGUGAAGACGACCCUGACAACCAGGCCUUGAGGAAGGAACAUGAGAAGGCCUUCAAGAAGUACCAGGGACUACUGGUAAAACAGGAGCAGCUGCUGAGAGUUGCUCUGUACCUGUUGUUGAACCUGGCUGAGGACACCAGGACAGAGCUGAAGAUGAGAAACAAGAACAUUGUCCACAUGCUGGUGAAGACCCUGGACCGGGAGAACGAGGAACUACUGGUGCUGGUGGUGUCCUUCCUCAAGAAACUCAGCAUCUUCCUGGAGAACAAGAACGAUAUGGCGGAGGUGGACACCGUAGAGCGUUUGUCUCGUUUGGUCCCGUGUGAACAUGAAGACCUGCUGAACAUCACGCUGCGUCUCCUCCUCAACCUCUCCUUUGACACCGGGCUACGCAGCAAGAUGGUGCAGGUCGGCUUGCUGCCCAAACUCACCUCCCUGCUGGGUGACGAGAACCACAAGCAGAUGGCCAUGUGUAUCCUGUACCACAUCAGUGUUGACGACAGGUUCAAGUCCAUGUUCGCCUACACAGACUGCAUCCCACAGUUGAUGAAGAUGUUGUUUGAGCACGGUGAGGAGAGGAUCGAUGCUGAGCUCAUCUCCUUCUGUAUCAACCUGGCAGCUAACAAGAAGAACGCUCAGCUCAUCUGUGAAGGAAAUGGUCUGAAGAUGUUGAUGAAGAGAGCUCUGAAGCUGAAGGAUCCUUUACUUAUGAAGAUGAUACGAAACAUUUCUCAACACGACGGACCACCCAAACAGCUCUUCAUCGACUAUGUAGGAGACCUGGCAGCCCAGAUCAGUCCUGAUGAAAACGAAGAGUAUGUGAUCGAGUGUCUGGGGACCCUGGCUAACCUCACUAUCGCUGAUCUGGACUGGGAACUGGUGCUGAAGGAGUACAACCUGGUACCUUACUUUAAAGAUAGACUCAAACCAGCCGAGGAGAGGAGGAACUUUUACCCCAGCUCAGUUAUACCGCGGUCUGGACUCACAGGCGAGGAGAGGAGGAACUUUUACCCCAGCUCAGUUAUACCGCGGUCUGGACUCACAGCCGAGGAGAGGAGGAACUUUUACCCCAGCUCAGUUAUACCGCGGUCUGGACUCACAGGCGAGGAGAGGAGGAACUUUUACCCCAGCUCAGUUAUACCGCGGUCUGGACUCACAGGCGAGGAGAGGAGGAACUUUUACCCCAGCUCAGUCAUACCGCGGUCUGGACUCACAGCCGAGGAGAGGAGAAACUUGCUAUAG